CCGACAGCCAAUGAGAGUGGCGGCUCUUGGAUAGUGGCCUCCUGACACCACGGGGUGGGGCGGAAGCAGGAAGUGGGUGGAGGGGCUGGGUGUCGGUGGCACCGCCAUGGGAGCCGUGCUCGGGGUGUGUUCGCUGGCCAGCUGGAUUCCCUGCCUGUGCAGUGGUGCCUCGUGUUUGCUGUGCAGAUGUUGUCCCAACAGCAAGAAUUCAACAGUGACGCGGCUUAUCUAUGCCUUCCUCUUGCUCCUGAGCACUACUCUUGCCUGCAUUAUGCUGGCACCAGGGAUGGAAGAGCAGCUGAAAAAGAUACCUGGAUUUUGUGAUGAGGGGCUUCACACACACAUACCACACCUGGAUGGCUUUGUCAGCUGUGAUGUGUUUGUGGGCUACAGAGCUGUCUAUCGAAUCAGCUUUGCCAUGGCAGUGUUCUUCUUUCUCCUCUCUCUGCUCAUGAUAGAAGUGAAAACAAGUAAUGAUCCAAGAGCCUCGAUACACAAUGGGUUCUGGUUCUUCAAAAUAGCUGCCAUUGUGGCUAUCAUGGUUGGAGCAUUUUACAUUCCUGAAGGGCCAUUUACAAGAGUGUGGUUUGUUAUUGGUAUCUGUGGAGCCGCUGCCUUCAUUCUUAUCCAGCUGGUGCUUCUCGUGGACUUUGCUCACUCCUGGAAUGAGAGCUGGGUUGAGAGAAUGGAUGAGGGAAAUCCUAAAUGUUGGUAUGCAGCUCUGCUGUCCUGUACAACCUUGUUCUACGCCUUGUCUCUGGUUUUUACUGUUCUCUUCUAUAUUUUCUACACAAAGCCUGAUGGCUGCACUGUGAACAAGUUCUUCAUAAGCACUAAUAUGAUCCUGUGCAUUGUUGACUCCAUUGUUUCUGUCCUUCCAAAAGUACAGGAACAUCAGCCUCGCUCUGGCCUCCUCCAGUCCUCUGUUAUCACGCUGUACACCAUGUAUCUCACUUGGUCAGCCAUGUCCAAUGAGCCUGAACGAAGCUGUAACCCAAGUUUGCUGAACAUCAUUACCCAGAUAGCUACACCCACCAUUGGUCCAGCAAAUACCACUGUUGUACCUGCUACUCCAGCUCCACCCAAGUCCCUACAGUGGUGGGAUGCCCAGAGCAUUGUUGGAUUGAUUAUCUUUGUCCUUUGCCUCUUAUAUUCCAGCAUUCGUACCUCAAGUAACAGCCAGGUGAACAAGCUGACACUGUCUGGGAGUGACAGUGCCAUUCUGGAGGAGACUGUGGGAACAGGCAGCGGGGCUGCAGAGGAAGGAGAAGUGCGCCGUGUCACGGAUAACGAGAAGGAUGGUGUUCAGUACAGCUACAGUUUCUUCCACCUGAUGCUAUUUCUUGCCUCUCUUUACAUUAUGAUGACACUCACCAACUGGUACAGCCCUGAUGCAGACUUUAAAACAAUGACAAGUAAGUGGCCAGCCGUGUGGAUGAAGAUAAGCUCCAGCUGGGUUUGUCACGUCCUCUAUCUCUGGACUCUAGUGGCUCCUCUUGUCCUCACUAAUAGGGACUUCAGUUAAAUGGCUGAAGCUUAUUAAAGUGGGGAUUUUUAUGCUGAAGGCCAAAAUGUUCAUGUAUUGCUUUACUUAUAUGGUCUACAUUAAUGUUGCUUAUGUUGGUAUUAAUAUGCAGGUGGAUAGAAAGAUAUAUUGCCUAAUGCUUGAUGCAGGAUCAAAAUUAGUAUCAGUUAUCUACUUUAACCUUCAGUCAUGGUUAUCUUAUUACAGCAUUUUUAAAAUUCACUAUAGCUCUGCUGUCAAAGCACAAAAAGUAUCUGUUCUGUCCAAUAGCCACAACAUUUCUAUUGAAGUGACUUUUAGCUAAAAUACAAAGUAAUAUAUUUUAAAGAACAGUUAUAUUCAGCAUAAUGCACUAAUACGCCAGCGCUUCAGUUCCUGGAAGUGCAAGCUAUGCUGCUUGAUUUCAACAUUCCACUGUAAGAGUUGAUUGAAAUUAUACUUACCUUCCUGUGUUGUGGCAAAAACAACUCCUUAUUCCUCACCAAAAGAACAGAACUUUGAGGUUAAAAAAAAAUGUUAACUCUAAUUUCUUCUAAAGCCAAACUUGCCUUUUCUAAGAGGCAACUUCUAUGGUAAUUUCUUUUUUAGUAUCUUUGCCAAAUAUUGAGUGGUAAGUGUAUGACUAGCUUAAACAACUUUGAUAAUGGUGGAAAAAUAGAGCUUCAAAUUGAUUUAAUUUGUCUAAUAUGCUUAUAAAAAUAAUGUAUGUGAAAUGAUUAUUAUGGGCACUACGGCAUUUGCACUGUAACUUUCUUUGAAUAAAGUGGACUAACUACUGA